UGUCAUUUCUCCUUUUUGGCUCUUGCAAAUAAAAAUUAAAAUAACUAUUUUUGUGAAAAUCAGAAGCAACUCGCUCUCUCGCUUUCUUUCCCUCUCAUUCCCCGAUCUGAAAAUCACACUUUUUACCGAUCUCUCUUCGUUAUUCCUCUUCAUUGUUGUUUCGAUCACUCAAGCCCCGGGACGUGUUGAUCUCUUUCUCCUUGUCUCUUUCUUGCUAGGGUUUCAGUGAAACACACCCUAAAUCUCUAUCUUAUCUCAGCUGUUUGCAGCAUAUCACGGAUUGCUUCAAAAUUGUUUGAAUGACCUUGCAAUUAAAGUUGAACCAUGACUUCAAGUAUGUUGACUGGAGAGCGAAGAUGGGCUUCUGCCAGAAGAGGUGGCAUGACUGUUUUGGGGAAAGUUGCUGUUCCUAAACCAAUUAAUUUACCCAGUCAAAAGUUAGAAAAUCAUGGGCUGGACCCGAAUGUGGAAAUUGUCCCCAAGGGUACACUUAGCUGGGGAAGUAAGUCAUCUUCUUCUGGAUCAAAUGCAUGGGGUUACUCAACAUUUUCUCCAAAUGCUGAUGGUGGUACUGGCUCUCCAAGCCAUCUAAGCGGCUGCCCUUCAUCUGGUGGGAGUGGUACUCGACCAUCAACUUCAAGUAGUGAUAGAGCCCAUGAACCAGUUGUUGGUGCAUGGGGUUCAAAUUCUAGACCAUCAUCAGCUUCUGGAGUAUUGACAUCAAACCAGUCAUCAGCGGCAUCUUUACGUCCUCGUAGUGCAGAAACAAGACCUGGUAGCUCACAAUUGUCCCGGUUUGCUGAACCUUUGUCUGACAAUUCAGUGGCUUGGGGUUCAGCUGCAACAGCUGAAAAGUUGGGGGUUAAAUCCUCUAGGAAUGAUGGGUUUUCUCUAACUUCUGGAGAUUUUCCAACACUAGGUGCAGAGAAAGACAAUGUGGGAAAGAACACAGAGCCACAAGACAACAGUUCUCAUGGUCAGCUUGAAAUGUCUUCUGGUGGAGAGGCACCCGGCAAAGACAAAACUGAGAUUUCUGUGCCUGGUGAUGUUUCUGUAAACACAAAUGUGAGGAGUGGAACUGCAAAUUGCUGGAGAAGGGAUAAUAUUCCAUUUAGUGAAGAUGGAGGGAGGCCCAAUUUGGAGAAGUGGCAAGCAGAUCCUCACGGACCCCAUCCAUACCCAAAUGCUGCUAUGCCCCCUCAGCAUUACGAGGCUUGGCGUGGUCCUCCAAUCAAUAAUCAUCCAGGUGGUGUUUGGUACAGAGGACCUCCUAUCAAUAACCCAGGAGGUCCUCCAUAUCCUCCUGGGGGCUUCCCUAUGGAACCGUUUCAUUUUUAUCACCCUUCUAUGCCAGGAGCCACGCUGCCUAAUCCACAACCUGUUCCCCCGCUGGGAGCUGGACCAAGGGCACACCAUCCAAAAAAUGUGGAUAUGUACCGACCUUCUGUGCCUGAUGCUUAUAUGCGCCCAGGUAUGCCACUUAGGCCUGCCUUUUAUCCUGGUCCAGUGGCCUAUGAGGGCUACUAUGGGCCUCCCAUGAGUUAUCAUAAUCCCAAUGAACGGGAUGUACCAUUUAUGGGAAUGGCAGCUGGUCCCUCUGCUUAUAACAGGUACUUGGGUAAGAAUGCUCAUGAUCCCAGCAAUUCCUACCCUAGAUCUGGUGGAUAUGGUCCUAAUGGCAAAGGCAUGACCUCAGAACAAGCAGAACCUACUGGUCAUCCUCUUGAUGGUCGAGGACCAUACAGGGUUCUCUUAAAGCAGCAAGAUGGUUGGGUUGGGAGGGAUGAAGAACAGAAGUGGGAAGACACUGUACCUGAUGUAUCACAUGAGAAGGGUGACCAACCAAGAGCCUUAUCAUGGGAGGAUGACUGGAGGAGAGAUCACCAAAAAGAUGAGGAGUUUAAUUUAAAAGGAAAGCCUAUCAGUGAAGAAGCUUCAUUUCAGGCAUCUGACAAUGUUGGAGGUUCUUCUGUACCUGUCAAAGUUAAGUCACCUCAAAGUGUGGGAAUGAAGGCAUUUGAUGGCAAUUCAGUGAAGAAGUUGGAACAUCCAGCUAUCGUUUUCCCAGAAAACCCUGGUGCCCCAAAAGACUCCUCUUUGAUUCAGAAAAUAGAGGGUUUAAAUGCUAAGGUGCGUGCCACUGAUGGUAGAUAUGAUCUCAUGUCUGUCUCUGGUAAGGAGGAACAGAAGAAUAAACCUCAAAUUGUUAAUCAUGAGGAUGACCAUUCUGCAAAUGAAGCUGCUGCUAAUUCUUUAUGUCCUGUUGGAAGUCUUGCCAGUGGAAGUAAUAAUCCUGCUGUGCAUGAUAGCUGUUUAUCUGCUGGAGAUAGGAGUGUUGAAUUGGCAGCUGCCAGUGGAACAGUUAUCUCAAGGAGAUCUGCUCAUGCUAUGCACGGUAGAACUGAUCAUCGUGGCAAAGGAAGAUUUAAUUCCCAAGAGAUUGACGGGUGGCGGAAGAAAUCUCCUAUUGCAGACUGUUCAAGUGCACAUUCUGAAAGUUCUAUUGUUCACAUGCAAGAUCAGGCUCUUAAGGAAGCUGCUGAAGAGUCUGGGUCAUAUCUUCAAGGGAAGGAUGAGUUGGAGCCCAUGCCACCCAUGUCUGAUGAUAGCCAAGCGCAGCGUGCUAAGAUGAGAGAGCUAGCUAAGCAACGUGUCAAACAACGUCAGAAGGAGGAGGAAGAACGGGCGAGGGACCAGAAGGCUAAGGCUCUUGCAAAGUUGGAGGAGCUGAACAGACGUACACAAACAGUUGAAAGUUUAACCCAGCAGUCGGAGAUUUUUCCCAGUGUUGAUGUCCAGAAUAAACAAGAAGAAUCCCAGUGUCUGGUUGAAUCCAUGAAGGUGGCUAGCAAAUCUGGGGCAUCAAUCUUAGGUUUGGUUUCUAACUCAAUUGAUGUGGCACAAAGUAGUGAAAGUGGCAGUGUUUUGUCCAAUGAGCUACUUCCUGAGAGUCCAAGGAGUGCCCACAAGGAACCUGUUGGGAUGCAUAAGCAUAAUGAAUCUGUUCCUACAAUACAGGAUGUUAUUGAUUCUGUUCAUCAAAAUAAUGCCCCACAGGUAUAUGAUGGUAGCAUGCCUAGACAGAAGUGGGUGAGCUAUAAGCAAAAGCAGAAUAUUCAGUCUGAAAGGAAUUCCUCUGAGAAGUUCAUCAGUAAUAGCACAACUGAGUCACUCAAAGGCCGUAGUGAUUUAAUAGUUAAUACUGCCAUAUCCAUUGAGGUUGUCACCAAUGAAAUUGCCCCUGGCAGUGAGUCAAGUUUGUCUAGCAAUCCAAAUGUCAUAGUUGAGUCAUCUGUACAUCAAAAGAGGAGAAAUAACAGGAGUGGUAAGAAGCACAAAGUAGAAGAGGCUUCACCUGUGGCUGCCUUACCAGUAGUAACAGAAACACAUAUCAUAAACACUUCAAGUGAAAGUAGCAAGAUGAAGGCUUCUGAACCCGAGUUGGACUCUAACUCUAUUCAGUUACCCACUGAUCAUAAAAAUGCAAAUCAGACUUCUGACAUGCGCUUAUCUUCACCGACUGAUGAAAACCAUGGAAGAGCAAACAACCAGUGGAAAUUUCAACAUCCUCAUAGGAUGUCAAGAAGUACACAGGCUAAUAAAUCAGGAGAUAAAUUCCACAGCAAUGAUGUGGUUGUCUGGGCACCAGUGUUGACUCAAAACAAAGUUGAAGUGGCUGGUGAUGCUAGUGAGAAAUCUGUGGUUGAGGCUUCAUCUGUAAAGAGUAACCAUCAAUUGCAAAAUAAUUCAAGAAACAAGAGGGCCGAAAUGGAGAGAUACAUUCCAAAGCCUGUAGCCAAAGAAAUGGCUCAACAAGGUAGUAUUCAACAGAAUAUAUUGACUCCUCCAGUUGAUCAUACCAUGCCACAUGAGAUCGUUGCAAGAGCAGAGUCUGGUUCUCUGGCUGCAGACAGUUCCCAAGCUGCUGGAAUUGCCAGUGGGAAGAUGGGGGUUGCUAUGGAGUCUAAAAUGGGGGACAGUAGGCAGAAUAAACAGGGAAAAACGCAUGUGUCAUGGCGCCAACGGUCUUCUUCAGAUGUGCAAGGAAAAAUGCACGAUGCACAGUCUUCAAAUACCAGUAGGAAUGUUCAAAAAUUGACUGAGCCUUUCCAACCCCAAAAGCCUGAUGUAAUCUCAGUGAAAGAGCAGCCCAAGUAUUAUGAUGAUUGGGGUUCUGACGGUUGGAACAUGCCUGAAAUUCCUGACUCUGCUGUGCCUCUUACUGUUCCUGUUGCAAAAGAUCAGGGAAUGACAGGCAGAGGAAAGCGGCAUCAGUACAAGGGACAAAAAGGCACAGGAAAUAAUAUAAAUAGUAGGGACUCUGACAAAAGUUUUGUGCAAUCAUCAGUACCUGCGCUUGAAGUGAGUCAAUCUCACUCACAUUCUGCUUCAAAAGAAAUUCGAACCUCUCAUUGGCUACCAAAACCACAGACAUUUUCGGCCUGUAAUGACCAAGGGAGCUGGCCCAGCAGUGGUCAAAAUGUAGGGGCCGAAAUUGGGAGGGAUAAUAAAAAGGACCAUGGUUCCCAAGGUGGGUUACAGCGUCAACCUCAAUCAGACAAGGAGACCAACGAAGUUAUGGCUCACUCUCACCGUGGUCAGUCUGCAUCCCAUACAAGCAGAGUGGACGAAGCAACAAAUGCUGGCAAUGAAGAAACCAAGAGAGAAAGGAGGAUAGCAUCAGUAAAAGGACGCCCCCCCUUCCCAAACCAAGGUCCUGGUGACCAGGUUGAAACUUGUCCAUCAAAUGCAGAUAUUCAACAUGAACAACGCAUGCCUUCAGGGUUCUGUACGAAUGGAAAUCAGAGAAGCCGCUUUGGUAAAGGGCAUGAAUCUCGGGGAGAUUGGAGCACAUCUGGACAAGAUAACAGACAACAAAACCAACCUGUAAACAGGGAGAGGCAGAGACACAAUUCUCAGUACGAGUACCAGCCGGUAGGACUCUACAAUAAUAGUAAUAGCAGCAGGGCAAACAACUAUGAAGGAUCAAAAGAUGCCCCUAAUAAUGCAGGGGGAAGGUAUAGAGAGAGGAGUCAGAGUCAUUCAAGGCGAGGUGGGGGAAACUUCCAUGGAAGGCAAAGUGGUAGUGUUCGAGUAGCAGAUGGUAGUUAUGAUUAGUGAGAAGAUAAGCUCAGUUUGGUUUAUUAUAUGAUCAAAAAUCAAAUCCCAAUGAAACGUAGUGGAUUGAUCCCUCCCUCAAGUUUUCAGGAGGCUUAGGAGGAAAGCAAAGGUGCUAGACAAAAAGAAAUAAUGAGUUUGAAUGGAGGUACUCUUUUUUUAGAAUGUAGCUGAUAUGAGAACAAAAUUUUAAUUUGGUCAUGGUUGGUGUUACUAUGGAACCUUUGACAUUUUCACUGAGCCUUGUAUUUAGUGAUUAAUAUUUCUCGUUGCCCUACCCUAAAUAUGGGUAGUGGAGUGAAGUAGUGGAGAAGUUUCCUUGUUCUCCCACCUCACCCCUCAAUAUCUGUUUCAUCCGUUUGUGGCUUGGCUUGACCUGGCAUUGCUUUGUGGGUUGAUGUUUGGAAUCUGUAUGAACACUUUUCUGUUGGUUUUAAGAAAUCCAAGGGAAUAGACAUAGAGCGGCA